AUGACAAUGUCACAGUACAAGCCGCCAAUACUAAUGUUUCUUCUGCUUCUCACUCAAGCGGCCACGCCAAUGAAACCGGAAGGUGGCGGUGUUGAGUUGAACGCCGACGCGUUGCGCUUUCUCGCCGCCGGCAAUCCGCUGUUCGCCGGCCAAUUUCCCUUUCCUGGCAUGCCGGGAGCAGCACAGGCGGACGCAUUUCGUGCUAUGGCAGCUCAAGCCGGUUUACCGUUCCCGGUCAUGUAUCCUGGUUUACAACCGGACCUCAAACCCGAAAUGAUGCCGGUCGGAGGUGGACCAAUUCCAAGUUUUGUAUUCGACGUGAUGAACCCCUACCAUCCCUAUGCGGCUGGCCUGGACGGUGCUCGACGCAAAAAUGCGACCCGUGAGACGACGGCACCGUUGAAAGCGUGGCUGACCGAUCAUCGAAAGAAUCCCUAUCCGACCAAGGGCGAAAAGGUCAUGCUUGCUGUGAUGACGAAAAUGACACUUACACAGGUUUCAACAUGGUUCGCAAAUGCACGACGACGAUUGAAGAAAGAGAACAAGAUGACAUGGUCACCACAGAAUCGUCGCGGUGACGAUCCGGAUGAUGACGAUUUGGCCGAUAUCGAUGCGAUUGAUGGUCUCGAUGGCAUGGAUCGACCAUCGAGUUCCAUGUCUGAUAUGUCCGAAAAGAAAGAAGAAGUGCCUGUAACUCCAGUGACAAACAACAAUCUAAAGGAUGGUUCUGAUGUUAGUACGCCGAAAAAAGCUCCAGGGAAAAUUUGGUCAAUUGCCGACACACUCGGUGAAAGAUCUGACUCUACAAAAGCUGAGAAUGAGGCGGGAAGUUCGAAAAAGGACUCACCAAGUACGGAAGAGGAUCCUGCAGCUGUAGCACAACUACAACGAAUGAUCGCUCUGUCAAACUUUCAAUUCCCUCCGCAAAUGUUGGCAGCUAUGUCACGACCUGGUGCCAUGCCACCAAUGCCGUUCCUGAAUCCAUUAGCGCUCAUGGGUUUUGCCGCUCACCAGCAGCAGCAACAACAACAGCAACAGCAACAGCAACAACAACAUCACUCUGCUGUCAUGAAUGGUUCAUUCUCGUCGGACACGCAUUCUGCUAGCCCGUCGUCAAGCCAUUCACCAACGGGUUCCACCAGUGCUGCUAGAAGUCCUGUCGUCUCAGCAGCUUCCGCUACUCCACCACCAAGUACCGCCACCGCCAGUGGCACCACCGCCUCCACCGGUGUAGCCACCAACGGAGCCACCGCUACCGCAGCGGUCCCGCCGGCGGCGACGUCG